UCCUUUGCAAACACAGGUAGUCAUUUCACUCAUCACGCACUGCGGACCACAGACGUUGAGGCAGAGGAUACUGGAUUAAAUAUAAAAAGCCCAUAUUGAAGGUUUUCAAAGGAUGUCUUUGUAAGAUAAGCUCAUGUUGCGUUACACUUUGGCUUUUAAUUUUUCUCCUUACUCUUUUUUUCUUCGAAGAUAGACUUUGAACCAAAUACGCAUCGAUUGAAGAAUGGGGUGCUCUCCGUCAAAAGGAAGACUUUUCUCAAAAGGACCUCAGCAUGCUCUGCUGGCCGAUCCAACACCGAAGGCCUUGGAUUGUAAUCCUGUACAGGUGGAAGAUAAAUCUACAAAGAAUGAAGAAAAAGAAGAGGAGGGUCCACUACUCACCAAAGAAAACCUUGCACAAGAGGCGGCUCGGCCUCAGCUAACCUCUACCACAACAAUCUCCCCCAAAAAAGAGGAUUUUAAAGAAACAGAGGUAAAUCUAAUGACCAAGGAAGUACUCUGUGAUGAUAUGGAAUCAGGUGAAAUUAAGAAGAUGGAGAAACCAAAGGAAGACAAAAGCAAGAUAAGAUCUACUGAAAAGCAGAGACAGUCUCCUGUGGUCCAAACAAAGAUUGAGUUCCCACCACAUAUGUUGAGAGCUCACGAGGCUGCGUAUAACUUUCUUAAUCCAAACAUCUCCAAAUAUGAAAGCCUUAUGCAUCUGUUUGACCAGGCUGCCCAGUCACAGUUGUCUUUCCAGCCCAUGAUGUCUGCUUUCCUGUACUGCUUUGAGGAGAUCAACCAGGCCCUGGAUGAGAUGGCUGAAGAGGGGGAGCUGAUGUUGAAGGAGCAUGGGGACUACAUGGCCCUGCCCCCUGGGAAGACCGGCCAAACUGUAGUACCAUCUAAAUAUGGUACCAAUACAGUAAAUCCCAUCGAUCCAAGUCCGGAUCUUUUACGACAACUACUCUAUCAAUCAGCGGAAAAAAUGAGGCUAGUUGGAGGCUCAGUCAAAACACUGGGCGACAAGACACUUGAAGAGGCAGUGGACUAUUUUUCUUCCUUCUCCAAAGUGCUGGUUGGAAGGUUGCAGGCCAAGCACGCAGCAGAGCUUAGGUUGACUCAAGUUCUCGUGCAGGUAGAGAGGGCAGCUAUAAGGAAGUCUAAUCCAGAGGAUUUUGCACUGCACAGUGAAGACAGUGGUAUCGGGGGAGAGAAUGAGAGUUUGACGGGGUCUGAGAGGCACCGCCGCCACCGGGGAAGUGCCGGAUCUGGAAGUUGUGGCUCUGGACUCAACAUACGGGGUGUAUAUGAUAAUGUCACCUAUAAUUUAGCUGGCCUGGUGGGGCACAAUGAAGAUGAUGAAGAGGAGGAUGAGGAUGACGAGCAGGAUGAAGAAGAGUAUGAAGAUGGUGAAAAUGACAGGCCUGAAAGGAAGAGGUCAAGCUCCUCUCCUCCUGAUCCUAGUCAGGCUCUCCAUCAUAUGCAUCCAAACUCCAUUCUGUAUCAGAAGCUGAGUGCCCAACGCCUCAUGACUGCAACCGAAACUAGAAUGAGAACUUUGUCUGAAACCCAAGGAACAAAAGAGAUGGCAAGGCCUCCCAUUUUGCAUAGAACAUUACCAAGACGGCAUUCUUUUAACAUCGGUGCACAUAAAAGUCCAGUGAGAGCAAGUCGGCCACCUGGCUUGUUACCAAUGUUAGGAAGCCAAAAACCAAAGCGACACUGUGUCAGAAGGCUCAUCAAUACUUUUAGCCAAGGAGUUGAUGGGAGGCCAGGACAGAGUCUUGCUAAUAUUCCACCUCAUAUAAAGAGGCCCAAUAAAAGCCAGAUUCUUUUACAAUGUGGAGCAGUUAGUGGUAAUGAAGGGGUUUCAGUCGUCAAUGGCAACAAUAAUAAUAACAGCUGGCCUGAUGGCAGGGAGGACCUGGACGACGAUAGUCUACCGCCGCCACCCCCUGAGGUUCUAAUGGACUAUUCCUUCCAGGGCGAUGAAGAUCAGCCAGAAAAUGAGAAGUCGCAGGAAGAGACAGUUCGAAUUCUCCCAGUGAUAAAUCGGAAGACUGGGAACUCCCAGCGACUAAAGAUGUCCCUGCAGAAUGUGGAAGUUCUGCCAAGCAAAGCCAACGUGAGGCCAAGCUCCAUCCCUAUCCCAACUGCCCAAUGUGUUAGUCAGGAAUCUGGCACAGAUGAUGAAAAGCUGCAACCAGAAACAGAUACAGAUCAAGAAACCGAGAAGGAGAAGUGCUUCUAUCAACAGGCAAAAAAGAUAAUUAACCUGCGCAAUGCAGUACAACCUUCUGAUGAACAAAAUCCUAUUGAACCAAAGUGCACAGCACCUACAGCCCUUCCAGCUAUAGUGGGACAGAGACGGGAAAGUAAUGACCUGCGCGAGUCUGAGCUUUCCUCUGGCACUCUAGUGACAGCACCACCAGUCUCAAGAGUUCGGCUUCCACCAUCAUGCCCUUCGGUCCGCCACAGGUUUCCAAGUCCCCCUGUAUUAAGACCACAGCCCACCUCUAGGCCCUCCUCUCGCCCCAACUCUCCAAGAAACAUCGUACGUUCAACAGAUAACAAUGUUGAAGAGAUAAUUCCUUCAGUGUCUUUUCGAGAUGCACGCUCAGUCUUUUGUCGGAAUGAGAUGCAAAACAUCCAGCCUGGACCCUUCCCGCCUGGAAGUGCUGUGCUUCCAAGGAAAUGGGGAGAGGGCAGUCGGGGGAGGCAUCAGACGAGAGAGACGGACAGCCCAACCCGUCGCACCCAGUCAGAACAAAGGCCAAAAUGUCAGUAUGGCCCCAACUCCAGCCAAGGGCAGUGAGCCUGUCUUCAAAAAUAAAGGCCAGGCAGCCGUCUGAGGACAGAGUAAAACGCCCACAUGGAUUCAAGUCUCACAGAGAUGCCAACCUAAAACCCAACCAUCAUUGGUUAUGGUUUUGUUGUUUUUGUUGUUGUUAUUUUGUCUGUUUUUUAAUUAAAACAUCACAAGGGAAAAGAAUACAGAAGAGGAUUAUGGAUGAAUUGAGAUAUGACUUUAAUCCCUUUCUUUUUCUUUUUAUUAUUUUGUAAUAAAGCUUUUUUUAAAUGUUUUUGGUAUAGACUUUGGUAUCCCUUUUCAAAGUCUUUGAUAUAACUGUUGUACUAAAGAUAAAUCACACAGAUUUUUAGGGACCUGGGGAUUUUUCUUGGGGUUUUCUCUCUGAUAAUAUAGUAAAAAUAUUUUAUUAUGGUACAUGUAAGUUAUACUAACCACUGAAUCUAUUGUCUAUCUUAUAUUUAUUAUUGAAUGAGACGUGUACUAAACCAGCUACAAGAUGAUUUUACCUCCAUUUACUGUUGAAUCUAAAACACCUGGGGAAAAGGGUAUUAAAGAUGAAAGAAUACGCUUGCAUAAUUGACUUAAUAAUCAUAAUCAACUUUGUAUCUCUUUUUGUUGACUUGUUUUUUGUAUGUAUUUGACUUCUUGUUCAAGUCGAAGAGAAGAGCAGAUUAAAUUG